AUGAACAAAAGAUCGUGGCUGGUUAAUGGUGUGCUGCUGAAUCUCAAACAUCCUUGGCUGAUUGAAGGGGAGGUGCGUAUGUCAGAUUUUAAAGUGGCUCAUUUCUGGGUUGAGUUUCACGGUCUGCCUACUCGGUGUCUCUCUGAAACAAAUGCCCCUAUUCUCACCAAGAAGGUUGGUCAGCUUGUCAAAACUAACGGGAAGAGGAAGGAGGAGAUUGUGAGGGUUGAUUAUCUCAGAUGUUGGAUUGAUGUGUGGAUUAGUCAUCCUAUCCCUACUGGGUUUUUCCUCAAAGCAAACCCUGAAUCCUGGAUUCAGUUUAAGUAUGAAAAACUGCCUUUCUUAUGUUUUAAUUGUGGUAAAUUAGUCCAUGCAAACAAAGAAUGCACUGAACCCACGGUAUGGGUUAACCCUGCGCGGUUGGACCUACUGUGA